AUGUUAGUAAAAAAUGGAAAAAAUGGAAUUAGUAAUUUAAUAAGAAAAAUAAGAAGUGUUCAAGAAAAUAAAUGGAAUAAUGAAAUAAAAAAAAUUAAUAAUAAGAAUAGAGAAAAGGUAGUCAUUUUAGGUUCUGGAUGGGGUGGAAUACAUUUUUUAAUAAAUAUUGAUUUUAAAAAAUACGAUGUAACUUUAGUUUCUCCUAGAAAUUAUUUUACUUUUACUCCUUUAUUACCUUGUUUAUGUAGUGGUACACUAAGCGUAAAUGUAUGCACAGAAAGUAUUAGAAACUUUUUAAAAAAAAAUGGAUCAGUUGGUAAUUACUUACAAUUAAAGUGUACUGAUAUUAUUUAUAAAGAUAAUUACAUAAAAUGCAAAGAUAAUGACAAUAAUGAAAUGAAGAUAAAUUAUGAUUAUCUAAUAAUAGCUGUAGGUGCAAAAACUAAUUCAUUUAAUAUUAAAGGAGUAGAUAAAUUUGCUUUUUAUGUUAAAGAUGUAGAUGAUGCUUUGAGAAUAAGAAGAACAUUUUUAGAAAAUUUAGAAAAAUGCUCAUUACCUAAUACGUCAAAUGAAAUGAAGAAAAAACUUCUUCAUGUUGUAGUUGUAGGAGGAGGGCCAACUGGAGUAGAAGUAGCAGCAGAAUUUGCUGAUUUUAUUAACAAAGAAGUUAAAAAAAAUUAUGAAGAUAUUUUUAAUUUUAUAUCUAUUAGUAUUAUUGAAGGAGGAAAUAAUUUACUUCCUACUUUCACUAAAAAUAUUUCUGAUUUCACAAAAUAUAAUUUUCGAAAUUUAAAUGUAAAUGUGCUUACUAAUUAUUAUGUAACGGAAGUGAAUGAAAAUGAUUUCUACAUUCAGUCAAGUAUUGAUAAAAAUGAUAAAAAGAAUUUUCCUUACGGAAUUCUUAUUUGGGCUAGUGGAUUAGCACAAACUCCUCUUGUUAAUGAUUUCUUAAAAAAAAUACCUCAACAAAUUAAUAACAAAAUAUUAAACGUAGAUUCUCAGCUAAGGGUUAUUGGAGUUGAACAUAAUAAUAUUUAUGCAAUUGGAGAUUGUAAAAAAAUUCAUCCAUUACAAUUGCAUGAUUACACAAGCGAAAUUAUUGAUUCUUUAAAUUUCUCAAAGUUAACAUCUGAUACAUUAAAAUCAAAGGCAGACGAAUUAUCGGAGGUAUUUCCUCAAGUAAGUAAACUUAAAUGGGAUUAUGAAAAAAAUAAAAAAGGAGAAAUGAAUGAACAAGAAUUCCAUGAAUAUUUAUGUCAAAUAGAUAAAAAUUACAAGUCUCCAGCACCUACGGCUCAAAAUGCUAAACAAGAAGCUUAUUAUUUAUCAAAUGUAUUUAAUAAUUUUCUAACAAGAGAUAAUAAAUUAAUUGUACCAUCUUUUAUAGAAAAAUGGAAAGGAUCUUUAGCUUAUAUAGGAAAUCAUCAAGUAGUUGCACAUCUCCCCUUUUAUGAAAUUACAGGAGGAAUUUUUUCUUUUACUUUUUGGAGAGCUGUUUAUAUUCAAUUAUUAAUAACUUGGAAAUCAAGAUUUUCAUUUUUUUUUGAUUGCAUUAGAACAAAAUUUUAUGGAAGACCAUUUAUUAAAUAA